AUGGCAAGUGGGAGGGCCUUUAAUCAUGAACUUUCUAAGCUUUUCAAUGAGAUGUGGGAUGCAGAUGUUCACCGCCUGAGGCCUGGGAAAGACUAUACAAUUGAUGUGCAGGGAAAAGCAGGUCCAGCACAGCCAGGUGACAGUGCUGUCCAGGAUAAUGCAGCCCGACAUCUGUUUCACAAUGUAAGCGAAGAACGCCUGAGGAGCAUAAAAACUUUUGCAACCUUUAUUUCCUUAUUGGACAACUAUGAGACAUCAACUGGUGUAGCAGAAGUAGUGACUCCAGAAGAAAUAGUUGAAAACAAUUCUUUCCUUGAUGCUAUCUUAGCAACAGAAGUCAUAAGACUAGCUCAUGACUAUCUGCUGAAAAAAAGGCUAGCAAAGCCCAACCUUGCUGAUUUCAAACAUCAGCUUUAUGACAUCUGGUUCCAGCUCUAUGCCAGGAAAGAAGGAGACAGACCUGAUUCUUGUGGUUUUGAACACGUUUUUGUUGGAGAAACAAGGCAUGGUAAAGAGAUCUUAGGUUUGCACAACUGGGUGCAAUUUUACCUUCAGGAAAAGCGCAAUCAGAUUGAUUACAAGGGAUAUGUGGCUCGGAAGAACAAAACCAGGCCUGAUAAAGAUGACCAAGUUUUGAGCAUCCAGUUCAGCUGGAAGGGCUCAGUCAAGCCAGUUGGAAGCACCUUUAUUGGUGUCAGCCCGGAGUUUGAAUUUGCCCUUUACACAGUCAUUUUCCUGCUGUCUGAAGAAAGAGUCACACGCGAAACAGUGAAGAUAGAUGAGUACGAGCUACAGGUGGUUGUCUGGCGCCAUGGGCACCACAUUGGAACAGCAUAUCCAGUACUGCUCAGCACCACUAGCGAAGAUUAGUGGAGUGAGAAGGAAACUUCUUUUUUUUAAAAUUGAGGGAAAGACGAAGUGGUGGAGAGAAGAGGAAUGAAUGGGGGGUGGACAGGACCAGACAGCAAAGUUAAUAUGUUGUUUUAUACAACUCAUUUAAAGUAAAAAUUGAUGACU